AUGAAGUGUGUUUUGAUUUUGGUUUUGGCAGUUCUCGCAAUCGCGAUGGCAUCUCCCCAACAAGGAGUAAACCUGGUGAAAGAACCGGACUCUUUCUGGGGCCAACCAUCAUAUAAUUACCCCUCUCAACCGGGAUCUGGCCCAAAUGGACCUUCAGUGAACUUAGUGCCUCAACCGGACUCUUUCUGGGGCCAACCAUCAUCUAAUUACCCCGGCGGUGCACAGCCCUCACCCUAUCAACCCGGAUCUGGCCCAAAUAGACCUUCCCAAGGAAUUCCGCAAUCAUGGCUCCGUAGUGGAAGGAAGUAA